AGCCAGGUGGACCGGGCUCCCAAGUGGAUGAUGCGCCAAGCUGGGAGGUAUUUGCCGGAGUACUUGGAACUGCUCAGCCAAACCGACUUCUUCACCGUUUGCAAGACGCCGGCGCUGGCGUGCGAGAUUACUUUGCAGCCGUACCGGAGAUAUCCGAGCCUGGACUCGCUGAUCAUCUUUUCGGACAUCCUGGUGAUUCCUGUGGCCAUGGGCAUGGACUGUCGCAUGGAGCCGAAAGUGGGGCCCCAGUUCGACUUCGCCCUGGAGACUCCCGAGGACAUGGAGAAGUUGAAUCUCACCCCAGAUGUGGAGGCGACUUUGAGCUAUGUGUUCGACGGCAUUUACUGGACUCGAACGCAGGUGAAGAACGAGGUGCCCGUGAUCGGCUUCUCCGGGGCGCCGUGGACGCUGAUGGGCUACAUGGUGGAAGGGGGAGCCGUCCGGAGCUUUGACCGCGCCAAGAAGUGGCUUUACCUCUACCCGGAGGCCUCCCGAAAGCUCUUGGCGGCCCUGCGCGACAUCGUGGUGGAGUACCUCGUCGGCCAGUUCGACUCGGGAGCCCCGCUCCUGACGGUUUUCGACACCAACUGCGGGGAGAUCCCGCCCAGGCUCUACGAGGAGUUUUGCGUGCCCGACUUGAAGUACAUCGCCACGGAGGUGAAGAAGCGAAGACCGGGUGCUCUGGUGUCCGUCUUCCCGAAGGAUGGUGAGAUGGCGGUCUUCGAAGACAGCGACUUCGAUGUGGUCGGCGUGAGCUGGACAUCUUCGCCAGCAGAGGCAAGGAGGAGCUGCCCCAGCAAGACUUUGCAGGGCAACCUCGACCCGCAUUUGCUGUACGCGGAUCCGGAUCAGAUCCGGGAGAGGACUGUGCAGAUGGUCAAGGAAUUUGGCGUGCCCAAGUACAUUUGCAACCUGGGCCACGGCAUGGUGCCGACACACCCGGUGGAGGGGCCCAAGGCCUUCAUGGAAGGGGUGGACAGCGUGUCCUGCGAGGAUGCUCCCGCACCGUCGCAAGAGGAGAAGUGAAUGUCUUCGAUGCUUCAGGUGCUGUUUGGCUGAUUUGCUGGCGGGACCAGCAGACUGGUGGCGAGGUUUUUUUGGCGACGCUCGCGCAUUGCCAACCGCAGAAGGGCGUCCUGCCCAAUUUGCGCAGGUGAACCAAAAUGAAUUGUGUGGCU